AUGUCUUCGGCGAACCCCCCAGUGAUCGUUCUCGUUCCAGGUGCCUUUGGCACACCUCAAGGCUUUGAGAAAAUGCUACCAUAUCUGACCAAAGCCGGCUACGCAACACACCCAGAAUCAUACCCUAGUUGCAAUCCCUCUGAUCCGGCCAAAGUCUCCUGUCCUCAGGAUAUCGCCUUCUUGCGCGACCACGUCUUACUCCCUCUUUUGAACGAACACGGCAAAGACGUCGUCAUCCUCGCACACUCAUACGGGGGUGUUGUUGCAGGCGGUGCAGCAAAAGGGCUUGCAAAGGAGACCAGGAGAGCCCAGGGUUAA